AAUUCCAUCCACGUUGUCCAUUGCGGUCUUAAAUAAAAAGCGUGAACGGUAGAUUACUCCGUUCUUAUUGAUAUCAAAGUUCAUCGACUCAAUAUAAAAGAUACGAAGACAUGUGAUUAAUCGAGAAAAUUAUCAAUCGCAUCAUGCUUCACGUCCUGACCAACGGUCGUAUUUUCGGCUUAUUAUUUGUCUCAAGACCGUCGUCUGUUGGUUUGGUUUCAUUAUUGCGUCAGAUUUCUGUACAGCAGCCUCUCUCCAAUGAGAUUAAAAGACGCCUGAAAGCGGAACAGAAAGUGAAGGAAAAAGCGGUAAAGGAAGCAGAAAGGGCUACGGUAAACGCAAACUCUGAGAAAAAGGCAACAACCACCGUCAACGAGGAGGAGAUCAGUCCGCAUGAAUAUUUCAAGAUUCGCACGCAGGCUGUGAGUCAACUGAAGUCAUUGGGUGAUCAUCCUUACCCUCACAAAUUUCAUGUUUCUACGUCAUUAGAAGCUUUCAUCGAGCAGUUUAGUCACAUCCAAGAUGGAGAGAUUCUUGAAAACGAGAUACACAGCAUCGCAGGUCGUGUACAUGCGAUUCGUGAGUCAGGGGCCAAGCUAAUUUUCUAUGAUUUGAGAGGCGAGGGUAUGAAAAUCCAAGUAAUGGUCAAUGCCAGGCAUUACCAAGGAGAGGAGAAAUUUUUCACGGAUACUGCCAAAAUUAGGAGGGGUGACAUUAUCGGCAUUGUCGGCAAUCCAGGAAAAACUAAGAAAGGAGAAUUCUCCAUUAUGCCUAAGAGUAUAACGCUCCUUAGUCCGUGCCUCCAUAUGCUACCCCAUUUGCACUUUGGCCUUAGAGACAAGGAAACUAGAUUCCGCCAGCGUUAUCUGGACCUCAUUCUGAAUGAAAAAGUUAGACAGACGUUCCACGUUCGUGCCAAAAUAAUCUCUUACGUACGUCGGUUUCUCGAUAAUAUGGGAUUCUUGGAGGUCGAAACUCCCAUGAUGAAUAUGAUAGCCGGUGGUGCUACUGCCAAACCUUUCGUCACUCACCACAACGAUCUGAAUAUGAAUUUAUUCAUGCGAGUUGCUCCUGAACUUUACCACAAAAUGCUCGUCGUUGGAGGCAUAGAUAGAGUAUACGAAAUUGGCAGACAAUUCAGGAAUGAAGGAAUAGACAUGACUCACAAUCCAGAGUUCACGACCUGUGAAUUUUACAUGGCGUACGCAGAUUACAACGAUUUGAUGAAUAUCACCGAGGAUAUGCUUUCUGGGAUGGUGAAGAGCAUUCAUGGGACCUACGAAGUCACCUUCCACCCUGACGGUCCCGAGGGAACGGCGGUCAAAGUUGAUUUUACUCCACCAUUCAAACGAGUUCCCAUGAUGAAGACUCUGGAGGAUGUGCUCCAGGUGAAAUUUCCUGAUCCUGAAAGGCUCAAUACUCCAGAAGCAACGCAAUUUCUGAGCGAUCUGUGUACGGAGCGCGGCGUCGAAUGUCCUCCACCACGUACUGCGGCCCGACUCUUGGAUAAACUCGUUGGUGAGUUCAUAGAAGAAACCUGUGUUAAUCCGACGUUUAUCACGGACCAUCCUCAAAUUAUGUCACCGCUAGCAAAGUGGCAUAGGUCUGCCAAAGGACUCACCGAAAGAUUCGAACUCUUUGUGAUGCACAAAGAAGUCUGCAACGCGUACACGGAGCUCAACGAUCCGCUUGUUCAACGAGAGAGGUUUGAACAGCAAGCGAGUGACAAGGCGGCGGGUGAUGAUGAGGCGCAGUUGGUUGAUGAGAAUUUUUGCACGGCUCUGGAAUACGGCUUGCCCCCAACCGCUGGAUGGGGUCUCGGGGUAGAUAGACUUACGAUGUUUCUUACGGACUCUAACAACAUCAAGGAGGUUUUGUUUUUCCCGGCGAUGAAACCUGAUGACCCCAACAAAAAUAAGGACCUGAACGACGGUGAAAAGCUAUCAGAGUCCGGUGGUGUUGCGGACAGUAAUAGGGUUAAAGAUUUCGUCCUGAUCCAGAUACCGCUGAAUGAAAGACAAGAAAAAGAAGGUUCAAUAACCGGAUAUGAGAAAUCGAUGGAUAUUCGGCGUCAUAAGGAUUCCUUCAGCCUUGAAACUUUCGCUUAGUAUUAUCAGAUUGUGAGUACCACGUGAGAACUGGGAAUUACAAUCCUGCCAUUUUUUAAUUCGAUGUGACAAAACAUGAACGAAGUAAUAUAAUGGUAGCAGUUUAUUCAUGAUCUUCCCAUA